AUGUCUUCGCCGUCCGACAUUAAGGAAAACGGCGAUUGGACGGUCAUUUACUAUGACCCGAAUGACGAUGACCAAAGUGGAAGGAAGAAAGAAAAGCCUUCCGGAAGGAGGCAGUCUCUCGCGCGAACGUUGUCUAUACCAAAGACCAUGUGUAUCAUGUCUGACAACAAGACUGAGAUAUCAAUGGUAGCCGAGCUACUAUCCCCCAAGUUAAAAUUGCCUCAGCUGGGCACCGACUCGGCGGAAAGAGUCUUUCCCGUUCGCUCGGUCGUUUCGUUUGAUUCUACGCCAUCAUCUGCUCUGCAGACGCCUUCCCUUGAUAAGCUCGAAACACCGGUAUCUCCUUUUUCGGACACAUGGAGUGCAGGCUUCGCCGAUGAACAAGCGGGCUGUCAGCAGAAGAAUCAGAAUACACCCGGCAAGAGCAUAAAUGCUGAGGAUGGUGUCUCGAGGAGACCCGACUAUCUCACUCGACUACAUCAAAGCAGUGGUGGCGGGAGCGAGAUCUCAAAAGGGCAAUCCUACAAUAAUCUCGACAUUCUGACACAAUUGAAAAACACUGUGCAAAACGGUGGCGAGAUCCUUGACUUUCACAAAACAACAAAGGGGAUAUAUUACUCUCACGAAGAUGAAGAGGACAUUUUCAUUCAGUCAUUCGGUGCACUCGUUGUGGUGACAGAGUCCAACGGUAACUUUGAAGUGCAGAUAGCGAGCGACAACUCGAAGGACAUCAUUGGGCAUUCUCCUGACAAACUCUUCGAGCUUCGAACAUUUUGUGAUAUAUUGCCAUCCUCACAACGGAGCAACUUUCUUGCUCAUGCUCAAUUCGUUUUGAGCGAUGAAUACUCUGUCGAGCACUCUGGCCCUGAGGUUUUCUUCCUUUCUGUGUUAUCAUCGGACGGAUUCGCCCAGGGUACUUGGUGUACCAUGCAUACGAGCAUAGUAUAUAAGAACUAUGUGAUCUGCGAGCUGCAGCCUGAGGGUCGAAACUCAAAGGAUCACCCUGAGUUCGGGAAUCCCGAGAGUCAAACAACGGUAUCGGAUAGUCGGAGCUUGGACAUGACUUCCGGGGCAUUUUUUGAGGACGUCAGCCCUCCCGGAAAGGAUGUUGACAUGAGUAAUAGAAAUGUUCCAGACUCAUUGGAGCUUCUCAAUACCAUUCCUCGAAUUGUCCAGCGACUUGCAAAUGCCCAAACGCUGGAAGCGCUCGUUCAACAUACCAUCACCACUUUGCAGAAUCUUGUUCAAUUCGACAGAACGACGAUGUAUCAUUUUGAUAGUGAUCGCAACGGAAUCGUGGUCGCCGAUGCGGUUGACCCUUCGUCGGGGUUAACUUCGUACGAAGGCAUGCAUUUCCCGGAAUCAACCUUCACUGAAGGAUUAAAGAAACUAUAUACGCGGAACACUGUAUGCUCCUCUUGCUCUGGAAGUCAGGGUACUUCGAAGCUUGUGUAUCGGGCUUCCACCAACAAAAGACCCCUCGACAUGUCAAAAACAUAUCUCUCUGCAGCACCGGUGCUCCCAAAAUCGAACACCGUCAGUCCUGUCGAGGUUUGUCUGUCAAUUCAGAUCAAUGUGUUUGGCAAGCUUUGGAAUCUCAUAUCAUGUCAGUCUUAUGACAACAGCUCAAGGCUCCAUCCGCUCAUUCAGAAAGUUUGUUGGUUUGUAGCCGAGGCGGUUUCGAGUAACAUUGAGCGUCUUUCCUACACCUUACCCUUUCAAUUUCGAGAGCCAGACAUCUCCCUCAAUAAAUCAAGCACGCCUCAGGCUAUCAAGACUCCACCAGGUGAUCUUCUCAGUCUGUUCGGGGCAGAUUAUGCCGCAGUGUCGAUUAUGGGCGAGGCCAAGAUCUUGGGAAAACCGGUCGACUCGCAGGAAGUGUUGGCAUUGUUUGAAUACAUGAAAGCCAAAGAGAACGACAGUGUGUUUUGGUCUGUAGAUAUGGCUGCCGAUUUUCAGGACCUCAACUACUCGCGCGGCUUCCAUCAUCUUUCUGGCUUGCUUUACGUUCCUCUUUCAGUGGACGGUCGUGAUUUUAUCAUCUUCUUCCGGGCUGAUUUGGAAAGCCAUGGCCUCGCGUCUGAUUCACAUAAAUCGAGUCGACAAUAUGAGUGGUCCUCAGCAGAGUUUGGAAAGGCAUCUGUUCUGUCUUUGCUAUAUCGCACUUUCACCGAUAUAUGGCAAGAGAAGGAGGCUACACUGCAGAACAACCAGUUAAUGAGACUUUUACUCGCCAAUUCUGCGCAUGAGUUCCGAACACCUCUCAAUGCCAUCAUCAACUAUCUGGAAAUUGUUCUCGAUGGUUCUCUGGAUCAAGAAACACGAGAUCACAUUUCCAGAUCUCACUCGGCAUCCAAGUCGUUGGUAUACAUCAUCAAUGACCUUCUAGACCUUACAAAUGCCGAAAACGGACAACGGUUGAUAAAGGAUGAGGUAUUCGAUCUAUCGGAGACCCUCACUGAAGCAACGGACAUAUUUUGGGAAGAAGCAAGACAGAAGCAUGUCGAUCUACAGGUAGUUCAACAUGCAGCCUUACCUCCCGUCCUUGGAGAUCAACGACGGGUACGCCAGGUAAUCACAAACUUGAUCAGUAAUGCUAUACAGCACACGUCUACUGGGGCAAUAACAAUCGAGUCUUGUGUCGUACCGGAGCUACUGGAGCCAGAUCAUAUCUGUGUCGAAGUGGCAAUACACGAUACCGGAUCUGGGAUGUCCCAAAAGACUGUCGAAACAUUGUUCUGUGAGCUAGAACAAGUCUCCAACAAGGGAUAUAUGCAGAAUCCCAAGUCAUACGAGGAAACUUCAGGUAGCAAUGUGCUCGAGACUGAAAGUGUACUUGGUCUAGGCCUCGCACUAGUUGCCCGAAUCGUGCGCAAUAUGAACGGGCAGUUAAGCUUGAAGUCUGAAAAAGGCAAGGGAAGUUGCUUCAAGAUCAGGCUUGCUUUUCCUCUUCCAGAUAAAGAUAGUCAAAAGCAGAGCUCAUGUGUUACGCCAAACGAACAUCUGCAAGAUGAAAGAAAACAAGACACAAAGCAAGACACUUCAUCCUCACGAUGCGCAAAGAACCAGGAAGAAGGGGGCAUUCCAUGUGAAUGUGGUCAAAAAUCAGAAUUUGAAUCAGGGGAAUCCAUCGUAACCGUCGAUGUAAGCCUGAAAACAGGCGAACCAAGAAGCCUCUCCCUUUCUGGCCAACAGCUCGACCAGAGCAACCAGCCAGAUAAACCGACCACUUCACUUCCAAUUCAAGAUCCCAAACAAUCAUCAGAAGGAUCCAAAUCGCCUAUCAGAGAAACCUUCUGGGUCUCACCAACCUCAAAAUCCCCAACUGACCAGCCUCAAACCCGCCAACCAAGUGCCUCUCCCACAAUGGACUGGAACCUCCACGUCCUCGUCGCAGAAGAUGAUCCGAUCAACAGCAGUAUCGUCCAGAAGCGCCUUGAGAAAUUCGGCCACACCGUGCACAUGACAAGCAAUGGCAAGGAAUGCGCGUCAGCCUACAAAUCGAAUCCCACUCGUUUCGACGCAGUGCUAAUGGAUCUACAAAUGCCUAUCGUCGACGGCCUUGGAGCAACACAGAUGAUACGCGAAUACGAGCAGCAGGAGCUGGCCAAUGAGACCACGCCUGCGCCUCGCAUUCCCAUUUUCGCUGUAUCUGCUUCCUUGCUCGAGGAGAAUCGGACGAUGUAUAUGGAUUCAGGCUUUGAUGGGUGGGUCAUGAAGCCGAUUGAUUUCCAGAGAGUGGAUCGGUUGCUUGGGGGUGUUAGGCUUCAGUGGGUGCGGGAGGAGGUUGUUUAUCGUCCUGGCGUGUGGGAGGCUGGAGGAUGGUUUGAGGCAUAG